AUGAAACAAGCAAAUGAAAAUCCUUUAACAUGCAAUGGACAUCCGGAAGAUUUAGGUAAAACACGUAAAGAUUCGGAUAAUGAUGAUUCAGCAACAAAUACAAGUUCAACAUCGUCCAUCAAUGAUGUGCCGUUAAAUAAUUGCCCUAAUACAUCAUCGUCGUCAUCGUCCAAUUUGAAUACAAGUGAAGUAACAACAAAUCCAGAUAGUGCCAAUGAAUUAGUUGUUCUACCUGAAGUUUCAUUUAAUAUUCGAAUUCAAUCAUCAGGCUUAGAAGUUUUCGACUUACCCGUCACAUCGAGUGAGCUUGUUCAAGAAAUCCAUCAAGUUCUAAUGGAUAAAGAAGAAACAUGCCAUCGAACAUGUUUCUCUUUACAACUCGAUGGUGUUAUUUUGGAUAAUUUCACUGAAUUAAAAAAUAUCGAGGGAUUAAAAGAAGGAAGUUUAUUAAAAGUUGUCGAAGAACAAUAUACCGUCCGUGAAGUACGAAUACACGUACGACAUAUCAAUGAAUUGAUUCAUUCAUGCGAUUUGAACGAUUUAUACAACGGCACAAAUGGUUAUUCAUUAUGUCUUGUUAAUGAUAUAACUAGUAGUGAUACGCCAGCAGCAUCUGCAACGACUGAUCGAAAGAAAGGUGCUGAUAUGAAUGAAAGCGAUACCAAUGUCCCUGAAUAUCUUCUACCAAAUCAAAAUAACAUUCUCCUUACACCGCUAUUCUCAACGAAUAAUAAAGUCAAUCGAUUGCAAUGUCUGAAAGUUUUCGCAUAUAGUGGCUGGAAUCCACCAAAUGGCUCAAGAAAACUACACGGUGAUCUCAUGUAUUUACAAGUCACAACGUGCGAAGAGAAAUCUUUUCAUAUCACAGCAUGUACGAAAGGUUUCUACGUCAGUCAAACAACAGAUGAAAAAUUUCUUCCUAAACCGGUGCAACCCAAAGCUAUUUUUCAUUCACUUGUCGAUCUAUUGAACAGCUUAAGUCCAGCGUUCAAGAAGAAAUUUGCUGCUAUUCAACGUAAGCGUUGUACAAAACAUCCAUUCGAACGUAUUCAAGUGCCGUACCAAAUUCAUCCAUGGUUAUCACCACGUUUCGAACAUACAAUGGAUCACUUCCGAGCUGAAGAUGCAAACAUUAACAAACUUGGCCAUGAAGAUCACAUACCCGGUCAAGUGCGUGAUUGGAAUGAAGAAUUACAGAUAACCAAAGAAUUGCCGAAGAAAACUCUACCUGAAAGACUGAUCCGAGAGCGUGCAAUGUUCAAAGUUCAUAGUGAUUUCGUUUCAGCAGCAAUUCGUGGUUGUCAAGCAGUUGUUGAUGGAAACAUCAUGGCAAUCAAUCCUGGUGAAGAAUCCAAAGUUCAUAUGUAUAUCUGGAACAAUAUGUUCUUCAGUCUCGGCUUUGAUGUUAAAGAGCAUUACAAAGAUUUCGGUGGUGAUGCAGCUGCUCAUGCUGCCCCGACGAAUGAUUUGCAAGGUGUUCGUGCGAUCAAUACAUUAGAUCUCGAUGGUUUACACACAUUGGGUACUAUCGUUGUCGAUUAUCGCGGCAUGCGUGUAACCGCCCAGUAUAUUCUCACGGAUGAACAUCGCAUCUAUACAUCAUUAAUUGCGGAAUUGCCACGUCUUGAACGUGUGAUUCGAACGAAACAAUCGAAUUUAUCUCAGUUACAAACUCGACUGUCGAAAGUGGAAAAACGCUUAACGAAAUAUUCCUGGCAUUUGAAUCGUUUAAUCAAAACAAUUCGUCGUAACACUCAAGAACAAAAGCAAAGUUCACGUUUCAAUUCAUUUGACUUCGAUUUUGACAGAAAUCAAAGCAAAUUUCUCGUCUAUUUCCACUUCACCAAUAUCUCAGAAGAUCUUGACCGUCAUAGUUCACACGAAUUUCAUUCCAGAAUUCAUCAAAUUCAAAGCCCUUAUAUCACAUUCAAUGAGAGUGAAGCGUACCUGCAUGUAGUUUACCUUCCAAUUCGAUCAAACAAACAAAACAUAUGUUAUAAAAAUGUUCUCGAUGAAAAAUAUUUCGUCCUCUAUGAAUUUAUCAAUGGUAUUAACGAACAGUUUGAUGAACAAUGCUUUCAAGGAAAGUUUUUAUUAGUCAAGUUUUUCACACAAUUUGAUGUUGAUACUGACCAUUUACGUUGGAAUGAGUUCCCACAAACGUCAAUCGGCAUUCUUUAUCUCGACAGCAAUGCCACCGGAUCUCGGAAUGAAUUCAAUCGAUUGCAAAGCAAUUAUAACGUCACUGUCGAGUGUUCUGAUGUAACCUGUCUUUUCAAUAAGAAUCUUUCUAUAGUAUCGAUUAUCUGUCCUCCAUUGUAUUCGAUUCGAAUCCACAACCAAUUUUAUGAAUUAUUCUUUCAUCUACUCUCUCAACAAAUCGAUCUUCUCGUUCCAACUUGUCAAUACUAUCUCCCAUAUUCAAAAGUUAUCGAUUAUUCGCGUAAAUCAACGCCAGCUAGUUUCGCUUGGCUAUACGCUAUCUACUUCCAAACAUUCGAACAUCGUCUUCAUACAUUAAUCGCGUAUUUACGUACUUUGUAUCGCCGACCAGCAGCACUAGCCAGACCAUCAAAAUUUGUUGAAGUUAAAAAUCGAUUGGUCAGAGAAGACAACUUUUAUUACUUAAUUCAUGAACGACAUAUAAAUUUCACCCAAAUUCCAGUUGGGAUACUGGAUGGCAUAAGUUUUCAGUCAUACCAUAAAUCGUCCAUAGUUCACGAGUCAACAUUCUACGAUCAAUGGAAUCGUUUGUAUCAACCAUUUUAUCGUUCAAAUACUCAAACGAAUCCAUUUGAAAAUAUACCAGUCGAAGAACAAUACACCAUUCUGAUUUUAACAUAUAAACAACGUUUCUAUCAACUGAAUCGUCUGCUAUUGCAUUUGAAUGGUUUAAUCAAUCUUCAUCGGAUCGUUGUUUUAUUCAAUCAGAUCGAUCCGAUGGAUUCACCAUCACAGACAAACUUCACAUUAGAAGAUUUUCUCGGUGAUUAUCACGUUUAUCUACCAUCGAUACACGUCGAAAUUGUUUAUCUGUUCAAUCUACCCAAUGAUUUGAACAAUCGUUUUCGCCCUUGGAAUGAAUUCAUUCAAACCGAUUGUAUUCUAUCGUUAGAUGACGACAGUGUUCUUCGACACGAAGAAAUCGAAUACGGAUUUCGUGUUUGGAAGGAAAAUCCUUCUCGUCUAAUCGGUUUCAUCUCGCGUUCACAUCGAUCGAACACGUUGGAAUACGACGCUUCACCCUCGCAGUGUAUCUAUUCAAUGAUUCUAACCGGAGCUGCCUUCUUACAUCGUUGGUAUUUGGAUUUCUAUACGCAUAUCAUGUCGAAGCAAAUUCGUGAUUAUGUCCAAAGAAAAAUGAAUUGCGAAGAUAUUGCGAUGAAUUUUCUCAUCAGUUAUUUGACAAAUCAAACACCGAUGAAGAUUGGCCAUCGCGAAACAUUUCACUGUUAUAAAUGUCAAGAAAGUCUAUCGAAUAAAGUGACUCACUACCAACAACGAACUGAAUGUAUUCUCGAAAAAGAGCAAGAACAAAGCGUCGUAUAUGGCUCGACAGAUUUCGGCAAAACUUGUACAACCAAUGAUAAAUACAAAGAACUAUUUGAUAAAGUAUCGACAAUGCUUAAAAUUAAACCACAUGCAGUGAAAACCGAGAAAGGAGAAAUUGUCGAUUUGUUGACAGCUGUAGAAUGUAAAGGAAUCGUUGGUAAUGAUGGAAGACAUUAUUUAUUAGAUUUAUUGCGUAUGACUCCACCGGAUUUGAAUUAUUUACCAGGUAAAGUAUUGAUUGGUAGUGAAACUGUUAAAAGGAGAUUUUUAGUCGAUGUCGAACAUCUUUCACCGGCGAUGAAACAACUUGAAUAUCCGAAAACGUACAAACAUCGUCUAUGCUGUUUACGACAAGAAUUAAUCGAUGCUUUCAUCGAACAAAAAUACGUGGAUUUCUAUCGUUCGAUUGCACUCAAUCUAUCAAAAUUACGAUCAGCUGAAUCAACAUCAAAUGAAAAUGCUGAACGAACAAAUGUUGAAGAAGCUAAACGUAUUGUCAAUGAAAUCAGUGUUGAAGAUAAUAGUCGAGAAAUCAUUCAAUCUGCAUGUCGUUCGAUUGGAUCUGUGAAAGACAAUGAAUUCGAUGUUCGUUUCAAUCCAGAUUUAUUUCAACCACAUGUCACAUUAAACCAAACAGCAGCAGAAACAGCAGCAGAUAUUAAAUUACUCAAAGAAGCUGCUGAAUAUUUAGUAUUGAAACAAAUUCCAUUAAUGAUUCAGGAUUUUCAAGAUCAUUCAUCUGUACCAGUUGAUGGCGAAAGCCUUUCCGAAGCUAUGCAUUCAAGAGGUAUCAACAUUCGAUAUCUUGGUCGAGUUGCUGAUCUUCUCGCUCAACAAUCGUCUCUUAUCUAUCUUUAUGAAAUUGCUGUCACUGAAAUUCUCUGUCGAAGUGCCAAACACGUAUUUCGUGCAUAUACUCAAUCCGUUCCAAUUCAUUUAUUAUCAUUUUCAAUCAGUCAUUUUCUCAAUUGUUUACUUACAGUUAUAUCAUCACCUGUGUCUGAUUAUUCAUUUGACGAAUUUGCAACAUCUACAUCGACGACGAGCACAUCGAGCGGAUCGCUAGCCAAUUCAACGAAUACUACCUCUCAAAAACCAAACAAUAAGAAGAAGAAUAAGAAACAACAACAACAGCGUAAACAUAAUCCAACAAUGAGAAAUGAAUCGAUGGAAUUUUCGUCGUUAACUUCGAAAUUACUCUGGACACAGUUGACUAAUGAAGCCAAAUCGAGAUAUGGUUUCGACUUAAACUGUGAUGAUAUUGAAGCUUUCGUCGACACAUAUUCUGUUCGCCGUACAUGCAUCCUACGAUCACUCUGCCUUAAGACUGGUUUACAAUUGGCCAUGCACGAAUAUCAAUAUGAUUCAGCUUACAAAUCAUCUCGCACCAACAACGAAUGUUUCACUGAAGAUGAUAUUGUCAACAUUUAUCCAGUUAUCAAACAAGUUCCGCCCAAACCAAGUGAUGCUUAUCAAUUCUUCACAACUGGACAACAAAAAAUUCAACAAGGCUUGCUUCGCGAAGGUUUCGAAUUGAUUUCUGAAGCACACAAUCUAUUGAACAAUGUCUAUGGUCCAAUGCACCCAGAGAUCAGCAUGUGUUUGCGAUUAUUAGCACGAUUGAAUUACAUCAUGGGUGAUUAUCAAGAAGCACUCUUUACUCAACAUAAAGCUGUUAUGAUGUCCGAACGGGUCUUGGGUGUUGAUCAUCCACAGACAGCGACUGAAUACAUUCAUAUGGCUUUGUAUUCAUUUGCGAAUAAUCUGUCGGUGAAUGCAGCGAAGUUGCUUUGCCGUGCGCGAUAUAUUAUAUUAACGUGCUGUGGAGAAAAUCAUCCACAAAUCAGUUUGAUCGAUAGUAAUCUUGGAUUGAUCCUACAAUCGUAUGGUGAUUAUGAAAAUGCACUUAAAUUUAUGGAAAAAUCCCUCGAAUUGAAUAAGACGUUCUAUGGAACGAGGAGUUUGAAAGUGGCUUUGUCACAUCAUUUAUGUGCACGUAUCCAAUCAUGCCGUGGCGAUUUCCGAUCAGCACUGAACAGUGAACGUGAAGCAUAUCAAAUCUAUAAACUACAACUUGGUGAUGAACAUGAACGAACACGUGAAAGUGCUCAGGUACUUAAACACUUAACCGAACAAGCUGUGGUUUUACAGAAACGAAUAAAUGACGUUGUGAAAGGACAAUUACUCGUUAUCCCAAGUUUAACCAUCCAGCAACCAAGUUUCCAGAACGUUCUCGAGAUGUUAAAUGUUGUCAAUGGUAUUCUAUUUAUUCAAAUCCGAGAAAAAGAUCUUGAUAUCAUUCGUGAAGAAAUCGCUAAACAGUCCACUGACGAUUCUCAACAACAACCCUCUACACCUUCAGUAACAACCAUAUCCGAUGCUGCAGAACAAGCCGCAGCAUUGAUGAACAAUGAAGUUGACUAA